AUGGCGCGGCCUCGUCUCGCAGGCUGCGCGGCUCGCCGCCUCGCGCUCGUCCUGCUGGCGUUUCGCGCGUCCUGCUACGACCGCCCGCGCGUCGUACGCCUCCACCCCGGUCCGCGUCUCGCGGCGCACGCCGAGUACGAGGUGUCGUGGACGGCGACGGACCUCGGCACGGCCGACGAGGCGUGGAUCGAGUUCGACCUGAAGCACUACCAGUCCAUGGUCAACGACGGCCCGCGCACGGCGCUCUUCCUGGACGAGCUCGAGCGGCGCCUCGCCGCCUACCCGCCGGGCACGGCGACGGUCCUCGACCUCGGCACGGGGCCCUUCGCGCUCUUCGCCAAGGCCGCCGCGCGGCUCGGCGCGCGCAAGGUCUACGCGAUCGAGGCCGUGCCCGCGAGCGCGGCGCGCGCGCGCAAGGAGGUGAGCGACGCCGCCAAGUACGGCCGCGAGUUCGCCGAGAGCGUCGUCGAGGUCCUCGAGGGCUUCAGCACGGACGUCGCGCUGCCCGAGAAGGUCGACCUCGUCAUCUUCGAGAUCGCGGGGUCCAUCGCGAGCGAGGAGGGCUGCUACGCGACGAUGCGCGACGCGCGGGACCGCUUCCUCGCCCGGCCCGACGACGCGUCGAGCUACAUCCCGCACGCGUACCAGACCCUGGGCGCGCCCGCGACGGACCUGUGCCACCACGGCGGCGGCGUCGAGGACCCCGGCGCGCCCGUGCUCCGGGUCCAGUCCGACGACGCGACGCUCCGGCUGCUCGCGGACCCGCUGCUCGUCGAGGACAUCGUCUUCUCGGCGCCGCUCCCCGCGCGCGGCGCCGUGCCGCCCGCGUCCGAGCUCGCGUGGGCCGUCGACGGCGCGCGCGUCGACGCCAACGAGGCGCACUUCGCGGGGCUCCUCGAGCCGGACCGCGCGGCCGUCGAGGCCAACGGGUACGACGUCGCGGACCUCGCGCGCGACGUCGCGACGACGCUGACGGGCGUCGCGCUCUGGCCGCGGCUCGUCUUCGACGCGGGCGGCGAGCGGACCUACGAGACGCGGGGGCCGCGCGGCGAGAUGCGGCGGAGCCACUGGCCCACGGUGCUCCCGCCGCUCGCGCCGGCGCCGGGCGUCCGCGUCCGGCCCGGCGACGUCCUCACCGCGGCCUGGGAGGCGGACCUCCGCGACGGCGCCGUCGACACGCCCAUCGUCUACUCGCUCGCCUGCGACGUCGCGGCGCCGGGCGGCGCCGGCGCGCCCGCGCCGGCGGGCGGCGCCCAGCCCUACGCGGCCUGGGCCGCCGCGACCGACGCCGGCUCCGGCCGCACCUACUACUACAACGCCGAGACUGGGGCGACGUCCUGGGACUGGCCGCCGCGCGAGCCGUGA